AUGCCUGGUGACAGAGACUCAAACAAGGGCGAAGCUGCGCCGGAAGCCAGCAAUCCUUUCACCGCGGACCACACAAAGCCUCGAGAACCUUCGCCUUUGCGUGCCUCCCGAAGCUCCUCGUCAAUCCCUCAGAUCUCCCGAUCGCGGAAAAAUUCCCAAGAAUUCAGUCCGACUAGGAACACCACCCUAAGCGGCACACUGUCCACCAUCCCCUCGGCUGCAGCGGUGCAGCGAGCGCUGUCGGCGCAAAGACCAGUUUUACAGCCAGGAGCUGGUCUCGAAGCUUCCUCCGACAGUACGCGAGCCCGGCCAUCGGGAAAUAAUUCGCCCGCCUGGCCUACAUCACCGAGGUUGAAGUCGCCUCCUCCAUCGCUGGCAAGCCGACAGACUCUACCCAAACGGAGCGACAACGACCACACUCCCUCCAAUACAUCAAUGAAACGCCUCACGAACAUCUCAGCUUCUGACGAUGGCGGCGCUACACAUACACCCGAUAACGGAAAGGAACAGGCAACAUCCUCCCAGUUGGCUUUACGCCCUCCUGGACGAGGGCCCAGUGCAGCCAGUGGGGGUUUAGAGCCUGUGGCCGAAGGUAGCAUCCCUACCACUCCCUCCAUCAGCCCCGAGAACAAGCCAUUAGGGGAUUCUAAGCCCGAGGGUUCGGGCUUAAGCCAGCAUUCGGUAUCAGAUGCUUCCACCGUUAGGAAUGGUGAUGGGAACGAUCUCAAAGCAGCUGCCAGUAAGGCUGAGAACGAUGCUAAAGCACGAGUUUCCAGCAAUUCGCGCACCGGCGCAAAUCUGGCCAAACGCUCACUCACCAGUCUGACCUCGGCCAAGGCCAAAGCGCCUGAUCCCCCGAGAACGAUGACCAUUGAAACCGAGCCGGUGACCACUACACCUCAGUUACUGGGAACAGAGCGGCUCACUGGGAGAGAUGGAAGUGGCAGCGUACGCACAAAGCCUAGCAACGAAACUAUCCGACCCAAGAAGGAGAAAAAGAAGGCAACCCGCAAAACACCCUCGCUUCAUUCAGGAACAGUCACCUCAAAAGCUGACAUCUUCGAGGCCAAGGUAGCUAGUGCGGUGGACGAAGCAGACACCUCCGACUCGGACGAGACAUUUGUCUACGAAUCGAAUCCACCCGACAGCCGGUCGCAUCGUCAUCACUCAAGAACACCCAGUGCCACUUCUUUAGCGAGCACAGAUCAUCAUGGUCGUAACCGGCACGGAAUGCGGUCUGGCAGCAACGCGGUAGGCGCCAAAAAGAGUAUGAAAUUUUCCAACUAUAACAACGGCCUCGACGAGGGCGAAGAUGGCCGCAGUAGUAUUCGCAACGGCUCUUCACACCGACCUCAUCACAUUGGCCGACACGGCAAGGCCGCCCACAGCUCAAUACUCGACUCAAACUCUCCUUUCAGCCAAGCCAGCAAAACCAAUUCUCCAAAAGCUUCAUCCGCCAACUUGGCGAAAUUCUCGCGGCCUAACAGUCCCAAGGUGUCGAACGGCCGAGUAGCAUCAAGUCCCAAGAAGGGUGAUGCCUUCGACAUCUAUGACAAUCCCGCGGACGACGAGCGUACACCCCUUGUAGGAGGUUCGGUGCGAGUCAAUCGAAAUCGACAUACUCGGCGAUCUGGACUUCGUAACACUGACUACUUUGACGAGACCGAUGGCAGCAUCUGUGGUCGUCUGGGCGGCUGUAUCCUAAUUGGUCUGGUCGUUCUUAUCGUGUGUGUUGGUAUAGUCACCUUCGUCAUUGGCUUGAAUCAGCCUUUGGUUGAUGUGAAAGUUCGACACCUUCAAAACAUCCUUGCUUCCGAGCAAGAGCUCAUGCUGGACCUGCAUGUCGAUGCCAUCAACACAAAUAUCUUUGCCAUCUCGGUUAAUGACCUUGAUGUGAACAUCUUCGCAGAAAGUAGCCAUGUUGGCAGCUCCAGCGACUAUGAAAAGGAAAAGAAAAAUCUCCGCUGGGCAACGCGGAUAGGGGAGACCGAAGAUGAUGACCGCACCCUUCCUUGGCCCUUCCCAGCCGACGGUAUCGAUGAGGGUACCGAUCCCAUCGAAGAGGAGCCUGGGACGCAGAAGAUGCUUCUCGGCACUAUCCUUGAGUUCGACUCUCCUCUGACGUUUGACGCAUCUCCUCUGCGCCGGCGACGAUCAACCUCAGUAGGAGAAAUCCGCCUUGCGAAGCCCGGCAACAAAACCGAGGUCGGCGGAUCUGCACGCUGGGAAAGAGUGCUCCAGCAUGAUUUCAACCUGAUCGUGCGAGGAGUCAUCAAGUAUCAAGUCCCCCUGAGCUCGAAGAUCAAAUCGGUCAAAAUUUCCAGCAUAGCUACGGUCCAUCCUAAUGAAGACGAUGGAAGCAAAUCUCACACGUCACUAGAUGAAUGA